GUUUUCUUCCAAUAUAAAAAUAAAAAGUGACCAAAAUGACAGCGUCGACACUUGCCUCCAACGGUAUUGCAUCUACUACCAAUAAAUCUACUACCAAUAACAAAGAUAAUGCUGCUACCACAAUGCGGCCUCACGGCGGCCGUCACCGUAUCUUUACCGAAGAACAACGAAAAGUACGAAACCGUCAAGCACAAGCUGCCUUCCGUGAACGACGAUCGCAAUACACACAGACACUGGAGCAAACUAUUGUGGGUCUUGAAAAUAUUAUAGAAGAGCUUCAGGAAAGCAACCGUAAUACAAGUGUACGUGCAGAUGUUGCUGAGCAACGAUGCACUGAUCUAGAAAAACAUAAUCAGCUACUGCACCAGUUAAUAGUUACUGUUACUGCCGAAAACCAACGAUUACAUCAUCAACAACAACAACAAAAACAGCAGCAGCAAUUCUCACCGUUUAUUACGGUUCCAGAACCGUUUGAAUCUGAAUCGGGUUCAGUGGAAGAAGAGCUCAACAGAACGCCACCUGCAAUCACCGUAGACCCUCAUACUAUGAACAAGACUUUAAUAGGCGAGUGUUUGUUCCAAGCUUUCUUUUCUCUUCUACACUAUGUGAAAAAAAGAACCAUGAUCCUAGGCGGAUACCCUUCAUUUAUAUUUUAGAUAUCGAACAAGAUGUUUUUAGCCAAUGGAUCGAUGGCCAAGACAACAUCCUCUCUACCGCUGGCGGCCACAAUAACAACAUCUAGGCAAGUAUUGACUACUCUUUUCUUACUUACGUUAUAUGCUUUUGCGAAGAAAGAACUUCUUGAUCCUAGAAAGUAAGUUUUUGUUUUUGCGUACAUGCAGGUCCACGGAUUGCUGUUUCCGUCCGCCAGUUGUUUUUCGUUAUAUCGUGUACAUAGAAACUUCCUCUGUUGAGAAGUCUAAGUUUUAUUCUGUUCUUUUCUUUUGUUUGCUGUAUAUAAAAAUAAAUCGUCAAUAAGUCAAGAUAGAAAUCUGGUAUACUUCGUCGAAAGAUGAAGUGAUUA